AUGGCCGACUACUACCAGAAAGAACUCGCCAAGGCGCAGCGAGCCGUCACCGAAGCCGAGAACGCGCUCUUCGAAGCAGAGCACACAACCCUCGACGACGCCGAGGCCGCCCGCGUCCAAAACGGGGACGCCAUCGUCUCGACCCUGCGCAUCGCCGUCGCGAGCGCGCGCAGCGACGUGCGGGUGGCGGAGCUCGACGUGCGGCGGUGGCGCCGCAUCGAGGCCGAGACGAUGGCGGCGGAGCUUAAGGCGAGGCAGGUCCGGGCGCGCGCGACGGCGGUGUGGAACAUCGUCGCCUGGAGAUCCGCCUCCGGAAUGUCAUUCUACUACGAACCUCAUCCAGUCAUCCCCGAGCCGCGAAGAAGUCCUCGCGACCACGUACCCCGCAACUACAGGACCCCGGCCCGCAAGCCCGCGUCCCGCAAGCCCGCGACCCGAACCAACGAGACCAACGCCGAGAAGGAUCCCCAGCGGACCGCAGUCGCGAACCCGCUGCCCCCCGGCGGCCCCGUCCGCGAGCUCGUCGUGCCCGAGGGCACCGGUGCCGGUGCGCCCCUGGUUGUCGUCACCGCCCCGGGGCACUUCGUCAGCCCGUCUCCCGCCGCAGCCACGGCUCCUGCCCCACCGGCCGACGCGCGCGUCCCAGGUCAACCGCUCAGCAGCCCCUCAGGGACGUCCUUGCUCAUCGAAAUCCGGCGCGACCCCUCGCCGCCGGACCCCCCGUGCGAAGCCACGGCCACGGCCACGGCCACCUCCAGGCGGGCAGCAGGCGGGCUCCGCGCGCCAAGCACCCGACGGAGGCCCGCAGAGAAGCACGACGCCGAGCUCGAGCUCAAAGCCGCGCGCGCCUCGCUCAAGGAGCACCACAAAGACCUCCUGCUGCGGUUUACGAAGGGCGCCACGGAAGCGGGCAAAGGGGAGCUCUCGGCGGAGCGCGAGAGGCAGAUCAGAGAACACCCGACGUUCCUCGAGGACCUCCUGCAGGCGCUCGGGUUGCCCCGCGAGGAGGUCUCGGCGAACUGGCGGAGGCAGGGGAGCGAGAGAGUCGAGGCUACGGAGGCCGACGUGUGGCGGGCGUGCGCGGAGGCGGUGCAUGUCGUGGCGGGGGUUACGCGAGUCAGGGAGGAGAUAGAAGCGGGGAUACGCUGGGAAAGGGACAGGGACGAGCGCAGGAAGAAGGAUUCCAAGAAGAAGAAGGACCGCAAGAAAGAAACGAAAGGUAAAGGGAACAAACGUCCACGUCCCGACGCCGAGAACACAGAACCCGACACCCGCCCGAGCAAACGCAGCAAAACCACCAAAGGCGGCAGCGGCGGUAGCAAGGCGAACCCGGCGGCCGGGAGCAAAUCCGGUGUAUCUGGGGUUCAUGCUGGCGACCCCAGCAUGAUCCCCGAAUACAUAGAAUUCGCCCACAACCAGACCGUCAAGCACUCACGCCGACUCUCGGAGUUGCUGAGUGGCCCAACGAAACCACGGUUCCUGUUCUCUGAGGCCCGCGCGGAGUACGUUGGGGCGAACAAGAAGCUCCUCAAGGAACUUAUGGGAAUGCUCGGCUUGUCCAGUGACGACUUAUGUCCGUGCUGGAGGUACAGAGACAGCGGGGUGUCUGCAGCGGAUGCGUGGAGAGCAUGCGCGGCCGUGAUGGGUGUCGUGGCCGCACGCUGGAGGGUGCGAGAGGCAGAACGGUCGCCAUAUCGCCGUUGA